ACAGAUGUUUUCGACUGUAUCCAGCUCACAUUAUUUCGACGAAUUUCUAAUCUUUCUGCGCAUAUUUACUUUUUAUUUAUGACCAAUCAGGUGCUUACUUGGAUCAGGCUUGACACUCAUGCUUCCGUUUCGUCAAUUACUAACCAUUUGCUGGGAAGUUGCCAGCUAUGGAUAAACCAAAAUGCGGUUGCGGUGCUGCGAAGAGAUGUGAUGAUAAACGUGACUGCUGUCUGGCGAAAGCAAGCCAGAAUCGUACUGAUGGAAGAGUGAAAAAGGUAUGUCCUUACUUUUUAAAUGCCAGCUGCAAGUUCGGUAAAUAUUGUUGGUAUGAUCAUCCAGAUCUUGCAAAGUCUGUUGAUUCAUCUCAAAAAGAAACGUCAGCCCAAAACCAACUUGAUAAUCGGCAAAAUGAGACUACACCGCAAAGUAUUGAUUCCCACCCUCGUUUACUAGUUCGUGAUAUGCCAGAAGAAUAUAUACCUUAUGAAAUCACAUUUUCUCCACGAGAUCGGAUAAUCACAAAUAUGGGACAUCAUUACCAAUGCAGCAAAAUUUCUUCUGAAUGUUAUUUUUCGUGUGGUGAUCGUUGUCGAAAUACAGUUCAAAGAUCUGAACGGAACCUGCUAGUGGUUGAUAAUUUCAAAACAUCCCAUCAAAAGGGACAAAAAUCCUGUGACGGAGUUAAUCGGUUAGAAAAUUGCGAUGAUAAGUUUGAAAAGAAUUCAGAUUUUCAUGAAGCUUUCGGUUUUGUACAUUCUCAAAACCCUGUUAGGCCAUCUGAGAUUACGACCCUUCAAAAAGGACAAAAAUUCUAUGACGGAGCUAAUCGUUUAGAAAAUUGCGAUGAGAAGGUUGAAAAGAUUUCAAAUUUUCAAGGAGCUUUCGGUGGUAUAAAUUUUCCGAACCCAGUAAGGUCAUCUGAGAUUAUGAGCUUUCAAAAGCGGCAAAUAUUUUAUGACAGAGCUAAUCGUUUGGAAAAUUGCGAUGAUAAUUUUUUAGCUUUCGGUGGUUUAGAUUUUCCAAACCGAGUGAGGUCAUGUGAAAUUACUCCUAAGCAGACGUCAAGUAAUGCUUCAUACAUGAUAGAAGAUGAACGUGAAAUCAGUGACCGUCUGUUAACUAUUGAUUUUCCGUCAACUAAUAGUGAGUAUGAUAAUACCCGCACCUUAACGCAGGGGGUAAAACCUGGCAAAUCUAAAGAGAGAGAUCAUGGUCAAGAUUCGGAUAUUUUGUGCUUUGUUACGAAUUGUCAGAAUACUCCCACUGAUUGCACUGUAGCCGUAGUGCUUCCACCUAUUAACAAAGAGAUUUAUAAUACAUGUGCGUUAGCAGAAAUGCAUUCAUUGAAAAACAAAAAAAGAAGAUAUUCUGAUACGACCUGUGGAGAAGUAUUAGGUAAUUUGUCUUCUGCAACAAAGUAUGCUUUCUCUGAUACUGAAAAGUGCCAUGGACACGCUUCUGCACCGCUUUUAGCUCAGCCGCAAUAUCUUCCAACAAAUUGUAACUCUGAAAGAAGUAAUGUUACCAGUUUAUCAGAAUGUUGUAUAUGCAGUGGCCAGCACUCCAGGAACGAUAAGAUGAUUCAUGAGACGUGUUCUUAUUCGCAUGCAACAAAUCCUUUGCCUUCAAUGGAACUUUUUCAAACUGCAUUCUUGGUUGGAAGUCAAAGAAAACCUUCCUAUUAUAAACCAGGAUGGUUUCUUAACAGAAUUGAAGCUGGUCCUUCCCAUGUUGCUUCAAACUGCUCCAUUGCAAAUACAAAAACGGUAUCUAGUGGGUAUUCCAGUAAAGCAUUCAUACUUCCAAAUCUUUUGGGAGAUGAUAUUCCCUGUGACAAAGUAAGAUGCUAUCCUUAUACAAGUACCAAUUACGUCAAGAAGAAUGCUGAAGUAUCGAGCAUAAGUAAAGAGGUUUGUGAUAAGUGUUAUAUUGAAUAUUUGAUUAUUAAUAAUGUUGUUAGCCAAAGUCUUGCGAGACUAGGAGAGAGUAUAAUGAAAAAAAUUUGUUGCAUUUGUUUGGAAGAUGUUUAUAGCAAAUCAGAUAGAGCAGACCGUUGGUUUGGAAUACUGCGAAACUGUAAGCACUCUUAUUGUCUGAAAUGCAUUCGACAGUGGCAAAAGACGAAAAAUUUCCGCUUAACUCCAUGCCCUGUAUGUAGAGCGCUUUCUAGCCUUAUAAUUCCUAGUGAAAUCUGGGUUGAAGAUGAUAACGAAAAAACGGAGCUUAUCGAAAACUAUUUUACGUCUAAGAUGAAAAUAAGAUGUGGCCACGUGUUAUAUAAGCGUCGCUUGUUUUUAAACCUUUCAAGUAGUAAUUGUGUAUCCAAUUAGAAUCAAAAGAUCAUAUUCAGUGACUAUUUCUUGAUAUAAAAUAUAUUAUUAAAUUGUGAAUGACACUGAAUAUAUUGUCAUCGUACUACGCCAGAGACCCUAAUCUAUAAAGUUGUCGUUUUGGGAGAGAAGAAGGUCCUUAAAAAGUUUGAUAUGUGUUUGGCUUUAUGUAAAUUCGAAUUAGAACUUUUAAAGAAUAUUUUGUUUGCCCUCAUUUCAAUAAUAUAUAGCUGUUUAUUAGCAUAAUUCGAGACAUCAAAAGAUAUAGUAUGGAAGUAAAAAGGGUUAAUAUUUGUAGUUCUAAUAUAGCACAGAGUGGGUGUUGAGAAUUAUUUCUUUACAAUUUGUGUGUUUAAUUCCAGUUCAUAGGAUUUUAAGAAAUACUAUGAGAAUAUUACUUAGUUCAUAUAUUUUAUUUUAUUCCUUCUAAAUGUGUAACGCAUUUCGGUAAUAUCCUAAUACGAAGGAUGUGUUCUAUUAAAAAAAGAUAAAAUUAUUGUAAUAAGUUAAGUUAUUACUAUCUGUUAGUGGAAUUAUUUUAUUACAACCAUUUUCUCAAUCGAAAUUAAGGAAAAUAUUAUUAAUUUUGCAAUACAUAUGUUGGCUGUAAUAAAUAUUUUUAGAUUUAUCUGAUGUGUAUUUGAAUGGUUAUAGUAUGUAGAACCAUUAUUUUAGAAAAGCGUGUUUUCAUACAUUAUAACUUUUUUUUAUUAUAAAGCGCAUACGUUUUUUAAGACUUUCAUUUAAUUAAGUUUUGCCGAAUUUCAAAAGCAUGUUUACUAGACUCAAAUAUUUCGAAUGUAUGUACGAAAAUUAAUUGAAAGAAAUAUUAUUUUAUGCUUAACAUUGUGAUUCUAAAACAUUCGACAAAAAAUGUAAAGGUAGAAGGGGCUGAAAUAAGCGAAUUUUUAAUGAAAAAUCUAUGUCUAGAAAUUGAAUUUUGUCUGUUGGAGCUAUAGAUAGAAAAGAAAGAUAUUCAAAGGAGGUACUCGAAUCAUUUGAGUGGCUGUUUCGUUUUAGCCGCAACUCCGUAGAUAAAAUGAAAAUGUUGGUAAUCCCCGUAUUCGUGUACUUACACCACUCCAUAUUCACACAUAGCAUGACGAUUUACGCCACUAGAACGAUUUUACCUACCCCUAGCCUCUUGGUAUUUCAAAGAAAAUACCUCUUCCUUGCGGCGUGUUUUAAAAAGUUGGGCUAUUUUAGCGAAACUCCGUGCCAGCCAACAGAAUCCGACUAAUAUAGAUACGGUUUUAAGAAAUGGUAAUAUUUACGGCAAAAUUGAAAAUUAAAUACCAUAAAAAUACACUCGAGUUUUAGAAAAAAAUCACGUUUACGAAUGUAAAUAAUGUCUGAUGGAGUGCGAAAGUAUGGAUACCAUUCAUAUCUAAAAAAAUGUUGUCUAUGUUUAGGAAAUUGGGAGGUACCAUAAUUAAUGAAUGAGUUCUGCAGUUUCAGCCAUCAUAAUUCGAAUGUAAUACUGCAGUAUAAAAUAUCACGUUUGCGGCUCGGCUCAUCGCCGAUGAACCGCGAGCUUGGCGAGUAAAAAUGCAACGGGUUCUCUGCGGAGGAAAACCCAAAGACCUUGUCGCAUAUAGGAAAAAUAUGUUAGUAUUUCAGUUUUAACAAUUGCAUGGCCUUCUGCUGUCGUUAAAAACGUAACACAUAUAUAUAACUGCCUCUUUACUUUGUUAUAUGUACCUUUAUCUUAAAAACUGUGUAUUAUAAUGCAUUGUUUAUUUCGAAACUGGUUUAAAAACUAUUUGGUAAUAGUUAAUGAAAUAUUCUUGAUUAUUUUUGUGUAAUACGUGAAUGUAAUUUGGCUUCUUUAAAGUAUGAUUAGGUUUGGCAUAUUUUUGAUUUGUAAAUCUAGUCGUAUAUUUUUGGUUUAUACCUACCUAUACAUGCUCUAUUUUCUGUAUCUUAUUUUAAUACUUGCUGAUAUGAUUUAAUUAAAUCCAGAAAUAUUGUCUAAUGCGUAGAUGAGUGAAUGCAUAGUUUUUUUAGUUUAAUGCCAAAUUAGUGAUAUGUUUAAUUAUUAUAAUAAUAAAGUUUGUUCAUUUGCUGCAUUUUUAUGAAAUUUUGUCUGAUGACACUUGAAACAUAUUCGCUUAUUGCUUCAAUGUAAUGUUUGUUGUUAUGAAAUUGUGUUGAUAGUUUGAAAUCAUAUUAUUAGUAAAAUAGAUAUCGUACUAUACAACCCCGCUUGCAGGAAAUUUGCAUAAUCGAAAUCACUUUUACCUAGAAACUAAAGAUAAACUAAGACUAAGAGACUGAAUUGGUCGAAAACUAGUCGUUUUUGUUAUUUAAUAAGCGUUUUUUUUUAUAUUGUCAUUUUAAAAAUUUUACAUAAAUUGUAUAAUAUAUGAUUUAAGUAACCAUAGAACAUUUUCAAGAAAAAUGGGCUGUGAAACGUUUGACCAUAUUUAAGAUUUUAUGUUCAUUGAUAAAAAUAUCAGUUAAAAGAUGAUGUAUGUUAAGACAAUAUAUGUUAAAAUAGUUUACUGAGAAUGAGUGAAGUGUUGUAAGUCAAAGCAAGAUUUCAGUAAAUUACUAAAAUUUUCCCCUUUCAUAUAUCCUCUUGAAUUUUUGCCAUUCUCCUAAGAAUGAUGUCUUCUUGCCACACAAGAAAGCGGGGGGAGGGGGAAUGUUGUGCUCAUUUCUGUUUUGUCCUGAAAAAUAAACAUUUGUUUUUAUCCUAAUUACAGAUGCAUAUUGAGUAAAAUAGCCGAAUUUGGACCGCCUUAAUAUUUUAUAACAUAAAGAAAAUUAAAGUAGUUGGAAACAUUGUUCCUAAUUAUGUUUCCAAACAUGCAUUGUACUUUUAAGAUGCAGUUUAGAAUAAUGAAAUGCCAGUAAAUCAAAACUGUAUUAUCGAUUCAAUCACGGAAACUAGUUAAAACUGCUCAACGGUUUCUCUGGUCAUAGUUGGAGCAAGACACCUUUGACUUCUGAAAUCGCUUUGGUAUAUUAUGCUUAAAUCGAAAUGUAACAUUUUAUAGUUUAUAAGGUAUUUUCUCUCCCUUUUCAUCCCUUCCAGCAUGCCUUCAAGAUGUAACGGUAGUUAGAACAUAUUAAGAUAUUAAAAAUGAUUAGAAUUCAAAAACGAAGUUUCGUAUUUCAAGGAUUGGUAAUCCCUGAAAAGUGUUAAAAGAGAAAGCGUUUGAUUUACCUAAUGCUUUACUUCAUUCGCAGACGAAUUUUUCUAGCAAUUUGUCUGUCACUAAUAGUUACUUUUAGGUAUUUUUACAACGACUGUACUCGUUCAGACCAUUGCGAUGUCGUGUACGCCACAGUAACCAUUAAAUCACUUCCGGUCUAAUGCUAUUGAUGCCACCUUUUAGGUGAAACUAAAAUGAAAAGAUUAUUAGAAAUAUUAUGUUCCAACUAAACCUUUCCAUGAAUUAUUCGGUUUUAUUCAAAAUUGCAUGGAAACUGGCUAGUCGCCUGAACUGAGUGGGUCCAGUUCUGGCAAUUGCAUGUUGUCAAAUCUAAAACUCUUGUUAAAAUAUUUAAAAACAGUUAUGUUAAUCUGACAAUUUAAAUUUAUUUUCGAAUCUUUCACAGAAAAAUCGUAACAACAUGAAUUUAGUUUCGAUAGUAAUAAUAACAUUGUCAUAUUUUACUUCUAAAUUUGAAACAGCCUAGGUAUUAUUGGCAUUAAAUUAUUGCAUAUAAUUGAUAAUUUUCAAAUGCGAACACAUUUGUAUUUAAUACAGACGCAAGGAGCUCACUCGUAUAAGAAAUGUUCAUGUAUACAAUGAAGCUAAACCAAGGCUUCAUUUCCACCAGUCAGUUUACAUAUUUAAAUAAAAAUACGUUUAAUAUAAAUAUUUGUAAAUUUAAUAUAAAUAUAUUGCCAAAAAUUAUAUGCGUUGAAAUAAUUCUUUUCUGUGAAAACAAGUCUCGUUUAUUGGUAUUGGAAAAUAUUGUGCUUUAACUCCUUUUGCAACGGGGUUCUGUAGCAUGGCUCUCUGUUUUCUUGAUAGUUAAGUGUAAUGUUUAAUCAAUAGAAGUGUAGUUCGUUUUAAUACUAUCCGCAACUAUUCUGCAUUUUAGUAUGGUAUAUAUGUAUUAUAUAUCUUUUAUUGAUUUGUUUAAAGCUAUAUCCUUGUCAUUAAUCAAAUGAGUAUAUUGGUAUUCUGUUUUAAUGCAAUAUUAUAAAGAAUAGAAAUAUUAUGUUGAAACUCAGUGGAUACCGAGAAAAUAAUAUCUUCUAUGUAACAUUUCAAGUAAUUAUGUAUUUUUGUAUGUGUUAUAAAUAAAGAUUUUGGA